UCCCCACCACCACCACCACCACUACCAGUGCAACUUCCAAGCCAUCUCGUCUCACGAUGACCAAACCGAUUGCUGUAAUAAAAUCCCCUUUGGCGGAAAAAAAAAAGCCCCCUUCCCCCCGAAACUACGAGAUUGGUAGUCCUUCGGCAGGCUCACGCCUUGUAGGAGGGGUUAGCACGUUAUUUGUGAGGCUGGGCUGGCGAGCCCAUCUGUAGUUUUCGGCGAACUUGCUGGGGAGUAAGGUGCACGGGUGUGCGUGUUUUAUAGCGGAACUUUUAACUACAUUUCUUACCUCGCCAAUAAAGAUCGCAAAAGGAUUUUUUUUUAAAAAAGAAAACUCGUUUUUUUUUCUUGCUCGCUUCCUUUGGUCCCGGAUUGGAAUUUUUAAUUCGUGUUUUUUUUUUUAAGUGAUUUUGUUUUUGGUUUUUUUUUUUGCUUUUAUUUUUUAUUUAAAAAAAACCAAACAAAAAAAACCCGAGGAAGACCGCACCGUCUGAAGAUCUGAAGGAUGGGUUCCCAGCUGUCCAAGGGAGUCGUCGUCGAGUCCAAGCAGGCUGCCGCUGACCCUGCGGCUGCCAAGACCAACGGGCAGGAAAAUGGCCAUGUGAAGACCAAUGGGGACGUGUCCGCCAAGGCGGAGGGCGACGCGGCGGCCAACGGCAACGGGUCCGCCGAGGCGGUGAAGGAGACGGGCGCCGGGGACGCCAUCGAGCCGGCGCCCGCCGCCGAGGGCGAGGCGGCCAAGCCCGAGGGGGAGGCGGCCAAGGAGACGCCAAAGAAGAAGAAAAAGAAGUUCUCCCUGAAGAACUCCUUCAAGUUCAAGGGCCUGUCGAUGAAGAAGACCAAGAAGGGCAGCGGGGAAGGCGCGAAGGACGAGGCGGCCGCGACCGCAACCGCCGCCGCCUCCCCCUCGGCCGAGGACAAGGCUGACGGCGCUGCCGAGGGCGGAGACGCCGCCGCCGCCGCCGAAGCCACGGCCAGCGAGUCCAAGGAGAGCACGACGCCGGCCGAGGCGAAGGAGGAGGCCGCCGCCGCCGCGUCCGACGCCGCCGAGGAGCAGGGAGGAAAAGCCAGCGAGGAGCCCGCGGGGAAAGCCGAGGAGGAGACGGCCGCGGCCGCGGAGGAGACCGAGCCGGAGGCGGCGGCCGCAGAGGCGACCACAGCGGCCGCAGAGAAGGAAGAGCCCAGCUCGACGCCUUCUGAACAGAAGGAGGAGUGAUCUCGAUUUCGGAACUUUGUGAACUGUUUUUUUUUUUUUCCUCUUUCAAUCUCUUUCUCUCUCGGAAAAUUAUAUAUAUAUAUAAAAAAAAAGACUUGUGCCACGUUCUUUAAAAAAAAAAAACACCAACAACAACAACAAUAACAACCUGAUAAAAAAAACCACCAUCCCAUUAACUACCGAUGCUCACAGCCCAGGUCGCUUCUCCAUAAAACGAAACGACUCCCAUUGCCAGUUCUGCAGGAAAAAAAAAAACCUCAAGCAAUGCCCAGGUUUCCGGACCUGAAGCUGGAUGUAUUGUAAACAGGUGGGGAUUGUAAAACUCAUCCGACUUUGCACCUCCUUCCAAUUUGAUUCCUUUGCCAGAAGAUGAUUUUUUAAUGGUGUGGCAGCCCUCUAUUUUUUUUUCUUCAUCUCUCGAGAUCGCGAUCUCCACAACAUCAGUGAAGCUUGAAAGGACUUCUCCAGCUGAAAUGACUGUUCACACAACAGGAAACCCUUUUCAGAGCCUUUAUCAACUUUUAAGAGUUCAACAUUCCUGUUUUACCCCACCCCAAUAUAAAGUAUUUUGUGAUGUAUAGAGAAACAAAACAUUUUAAUGAGAAGCUUAUAGUCCUUUUGUUUUGUUUACAUUGUAUUUUAAUUUUUUGGCUAAAAACCACAAGCUUUCGGUCUGCUGUGUUCACAUUUCAAAUUUAGUGGGGGCUGGGGGUUGUAUGUAUAAUGUGAGCCUUUAUAUCUGCUUUUUCGUCUCUGUAAAUACGUUUUUAGCCAAUUUUUGGUUCUUUAUUUUGCUAACGUUUUAAGGAUGUUCAUGGUUUUAUUGUAACUUUUAACGAGGGUAAAUAAAUGUUGGAUCCAUGGAG